UGGAGGUGUUUAUACAUCCACGGUUUAUCCCUGAAUUAGCUUGAUGGCAAACGUCGUCAGUUAUUAGGGUGUUUUUUUUACACUACUGGCGUUGUUUCUGGAAACAGUUUAGCGGCUGUUGAAAGGCUGGAAACUAAAAUUCUGUGACCGUCUGUAAAUAUGAAGUCUGCGCUUCUUCUCGAGGCUUUCUCUUUGGCUUGUUUUGUGCUAUUAAGCCAAGUGACAGCGAAGAAUUCUGAAGACAUCCGUUGUAAAUGCAUCUGUCCGCCAUACAGAGACAUCCAGGGACAAAUCUACAAGCAAAAUGUUUCCCUCAAAGACUGUAACUGUCUCCAUGUAGUUGAACCCAUGCCAGUUGACGGAAAAGAUGUAGAGGCUUACUGUUUGCGCUGCGAGUGUAAAUAUGAAGAGAGGAGCUCAGGGACCAUUAAGGUUACCAUCAUAAUGUACCUCUCCAUUCUGGGCCUGCUGCUGCUCUACAUGGUCUACCUGACCCUCCUGGAGCCCAUGUUGAAGAGGCGUCUGUUUGGACACUCGCAGCUUAUCCAAAGUGAUGACGAUGUUGGGGACCAACAGCCUUUCGCCAAUGCUCACAACGUUCUGUCCCGCUCACACUCUCGACCCAACAUGCUGAACAAGGUGGAGCACGCUCAGCAGCGCUGGAGGAGGCAGGUCCAGGAACAGAGGAAGUCUGUGUUCGACCGCCAUGUUGUUCUCAGUUAAACUGCCGUGUGAACAAGAGUUACUGGUGGAGCAAGAAAACAAAACAAAACAAAACAAAAAACCCCACUGUGACAGAACCCUCAGUUUAUAUCGCUUCCUUUCUCUCAUUUGUGGUUUGUAGCUCAUCAAAUGUGACACUUCUGAGGUGAACAUGGUGAAGAAAUCUGGAUCUGUAGAGCAAGAGUCCCUGGCAGAUGUGUAAUCAAAGCUGGGAGCUCUUAUUUAGUCUGCAGGCAGCACAAGAGAUUACAGAGAAUUCAUUUUUGCACAAUCUUGAACGAGCAGUCUUAAAUAGAGUUUCCAAAAGCUCAAUUUCCUCUCUGCCUGCAGUCGGGUUUGCAGGGGUGCCAAGUCAUGGGAGAAUUUGCAAUGAAACAUUUGAUGGUAGAGACUAAUAAAUGUGAGAUAAAAAUAAAUCUUUCAAUUAAAUACAUCAUAAAGUGAAUACUUUCUCUCUGGCCACAGUGUCAGGUGCCAUCAGUCCAAAGCCGAACAGUCUUUCACUUACUUACAAACCAAGCUGGCUUUGAGACUAAACAUCCAGAUGUUGGCUGAUGCCGCUCAUCAUAGCUGGAUAACUGAACCAGUAAUGACCUGUUAACGUGUAGCUGGUGGGCAUUUCCCACCCAAAAACUAACUGGAAGUACUGCUCUCACCACAGGAGAAAGGAAAUAGUGUAAAACUGAAAAUCUUUCAGCCUUCUUUUGAAGAUGCAUGUUUUAUAAUACAUCUUUUAUAAGUGUGUUUUCAAUCCGUCAUUCCUACCAUGAUGUUUAAUGUCUCAUAACUGGUGUGAAAUCCAUUGUUUAAUGCAAUACUUGGCAUUUGAUACUUACAAAUAGUUCCACUGAACCUCGUUGCUGAAAUCGAUGCCAUUUCUUGGUGAUGUCAUAGUAAACGUAGCCGUGCUAUUGAUCCUCAUCUGUUGAUCAUCUGCUGAAAUCAGUGCCCUCUUCAACUGCCUCAGCAAAUGUCUUGUCUUAUAUUUUAGCACUUUUGUAUGCUUGGUCAAACAUCAGUUCCAUUAUGAAGGUCUUUAUUAUUAUUAUGACAGAGCUGUGUUACUCUUGAGUUCAUAGAAGUUUAUUUUGUGUAUAUUGGGGCUGUGUACAUGGGCAGAGUGGAUGAAGAACCACUGUUGGGAGACCUAUGAAAGUGUUCUUAACUAUUGUAUAUGUGAACCUUUAACUUUGAAAUAAAUUUAUGUAAUAUUUGUGA